AUGCCAAUGCUCAUGUUAAGUCAAGAAAUAGAGCAACACGCUUCUGAGGAGGAAAAAGAUUGUUGUUCAAGCGAUAAUAGUGGCACUGCAUGCGAAUCAACACCCAGCCCUAAAGCUAGUAGGGCAUCGUCAUUAUAUACAUCAUUUCAAAGAGUAGAGCUCAAAACGUCACGUCUGACGCCGAUAGUCGAUUUCGAGAAGGAUCAUGAAGUUUUGCAACUAAUAAACCGAACUCUAAACAGAUCUAGAAGGAUGAUAGUAUUGACUGGGGCAGGCAUAUCAUGUAAUGCAGGCAUUCCAGAUUUUAGAUCUUCAACAGGGCUUUACGAUUUGGUGAAAAAACAAUUUCCCGAACUUUCAAUAAGAUCUGGCCAAGAGAUGUUCGAUAUUUCUUUGUUUAGAGAUGAACAAAAGAUAUCUGUAUUUGCUGCAUUUAUGGAAAAACUUUAUUCCAGUGUUAAGUUAGCACAGCCCACAAAGACGCAUAGAUUCAUAGCACAUCUGAAAGACAGGAGCAAACUCUUGCGGUGCUAUACACAAAACAUUGAUGGUUUAGAAGAAAUCCUAGGAUUAGCGAUGUCUAAUAAUCGAACAGAACCUAACGAAAGUUUGAACUCGCAUUGGAAGAAUUGUGAUGUUAUACAAUUACAUGGAGAUCUAAACACAUUAGCAUGCACAAGUUGCUUCCAUGUAUUUUCCUGGAAUAGAUUUUGGUCUCGCUCACUUAGAAGAGGUGAAUUACCAACUUGCCCAUCGUGUGAGGAAAAAAAUCAAAGAAGAUCAAGAGAAGGCAAAAGGAAUAUUCAGUGUGCGGGAUUUUUGAGACCUAACAUUGUUUUAUAUGGUGAAAAUCAUCCUUCCUGCGAAUCUAUUGCUCAGGGUUUGAAUUUCGAUAUACUUAGGGGUAGACCAGAUUUUUUCAUUAUUAUGGGCACAAGCUUAAAAGUGGAUGGUGUAAGAAGGCUAGUAAAACAGAUAAGUAAACAGGUCCAUGAACGCGGUGGUAUUGUACUUCUAGUCAACAAAACAACAAUAGGAGAAUCUUCAUGGCAUGGCAUAAUAGAUUACCAACUGAUGUGUGAUUGCGAUACUUGGGUAUCAUAUCUCGAAAGUCAGAUACCAGAUUUUUUCAAGACACAAGAACAAGUAGAGAAACUAAGGCAGCUAAAGAGAGAAGCCAGUGAUCUUAGAAAAAAAAGACUUGAGGAACAAAGGAAUAGCGAUAAAAACAAUAAUGCAUUAAAAACUCCCCCACAAACACCAAUCAAAGUUGAGGAUGCUAAAUCUGAAAAAAUUGGGAAGCUCGAUAGUGCUAUGAACAAGGUGAAAAGAAAACUUAUGACUUCCGACUCUCGAUAUGAUGGUAAAUCACCCUAUAAAAGAACAGUCACAAUGGCACUAAAGAAAGAGCAAAAAAUAGCUGAAAAUAGCUGA